AUGGUGGUUCUGGCCCUGACACUCCUUGUAGGUGCUGUUGCUGUGAUCUCACUGAGCAGUCUGCUGUGGGUGAUUUUCAGACAAUUCUGGACUGAACACAUCCCUGAAGGCAUCACUAACCCCGUGAAGCUGAGAAUCCUCAGUUGCUUACUCCAUCUGUCAAUGACAUGGGGGAUGAUUUUUGAGAAACUGGGACUCUGUUAUGCACCCCAGUUUGCCAGUUUUAUACAUGAUCUGAAACCACUCAAGAGAGAUCCUGAUGUUGUGGUCAAAGAUCUUCACUUCGGGACAAUCCCUGUGAAGCUAUACAAGCCCAAGAAGCCCUCCUCCAUCCUAAGGAUUGGAAUCAUUUUCUUCCAUGGUGGUGGAACCAUCCUAGGGAGCUUGAGAACCCACAACAGCAUAUGUUUGCGUUUGUCCAAGGACUGUGACGCUGUUGUCGUUUCAGUUGGAUACAGAAAAUCUCCCGUGUACAAGUACCCAGUGAUGAAAGAUGACUGUGUGGUAGCCACCAUCCACUUUCUGGAAUCAUUGGAUGUGUAUGGAGUAGAUCCAGCUCGAGUGGUGGUCUGUGGUGACAGUGUAGGAGGAACUGCAGCCACUGUGACUAGUCAAAUGUUAAUGCACCGAACAGAUCUCCCCCGGAUCCAGGCUCAGAUUUUGAUCUACCCCUUACUGCAACUGAUAGAUUUUGCGAGCCCUUCUUAUCAACAGAAUAGCAACAUCCCACUGCUCUCUUGGAAUCUGGCCUUCUACUGCUUCUGUUGCCACCUAGAUGUGAACUCUUCCUGGGAAAGUGUCAUAAAGAAUGGUAUGCAUUUGCCUCCUGAAGUCUGGGAGAAAUACAGAAAGUGGUUGGGUGCAGAAAACAUCCCAGAGAGGUUUAUGAAGCGAGGCUACCAAUCUGUACCCCGGGGACCAGUAAAUAAUGAUGCUUACCAGGAGACAAAAAAUGCACUGAAUUAUACCUGCUCACCCCUCAUCGCAGAAGACAGUAUUGUGUCUCAGCUUCCAGAAACCUGCAUUGUUAGCUGUGAGUAUGACCUUCUCCGGGACAAUUCUCUUUUAUAUAAGAAGAGGCUGGAAGAUCUGGGGGUGCCUGUGACAUGGCAUCAUAUGGAGGACGGCUUCCAUGGAGUGCUUAAUACCUUUGACUAUGGAUUAUUGAGCUUCCCUUGCUCCUUUAGAAUUAUGGACCUGAUUAUUCAGUUCAUUAGAAAGUUCUGA